AUGGCUCGUACCAAGCAAACUGCACGUAAAUCAGCCGGAGGAAAGGCUCCACGUAAACAAUUGGCAACCAAAGCUGCCCGUAAAUCUGCCCCAGCUGCAGGAGGUGUUAAGAAGCCUCACCGUUAUCGUCCAGGUACCGUCGCUCUCCGUGAGAUCCGUCGUUACCAGAAGUCGACCGAACUUUUGAUCCGCAAACUGCCUUUCCAACGUUUGGUCCGUGAAAUCGCCCAGGAUUUCAAGACUGAUCUUCGUAAGUUUACAAGCUGUUUAAUUUUAAUUCUGUCUUUGGUUUAGGUUUCCAAUCUGCCGCUAUCGGAGCUCUUCAAGAAGCCUCGGAAGCCUACUUGGUCGGUUUGUUCGAAGACACCAACUUGUGUGCCAUCCACGCCAAGAGAGUCACAAUCAUGCCCAAGGAUAUUCAGCUGGCCAGAAGAAUUCGUGGCGAACGUGCAUAA